AUGGCCGCUGAUAAGAGAAUCAAGGCAAGUAUUACAGCUAGUAUGUAUGAUAUGUGUCGUACAAUGCAGAAGGGUAUUAAUGAUUCAGUUACAAAUGAGCAAAAGCAAAAAGCUCUUCAUGAUCUUUCCCUUCAACGUUGGAAAGAUGCUGAGAACAAGACCCCUGCAUAUGCUCCUCCUGGACUUCCAGACAAAGUUACAGAAGAUACUGAUUCAGUAACUGCCAUGUUCGCAGGAUAUUACAAGACAAAUAGAGGUUUCCAUGUUAACUCUCUUAACUCCAAUGGUUCAUGGACAGUUACUAAUGCAAUCUCUUUCAUGAAUUUCGAUAUUCUUACAUUCAUUAAAGAUAUUGCUCCAAGACCAAUUUUAUUGAUUGCUGGUGACCAUGCUCAUAGCAAAUACUUUAGUGAUGAUAUUUAUAAGAAUGCAAGUGAACCAAAAGAACUUUUGAUUAUUGAGGAUGCAAAUCAUGUUGAUCUUUAUGACAACUUGAAGAAGAUUCCAUUCGAAAAAAUAACAAAGUUCUUGAAUGAAAAUCUCAAAUAA